GAAGAAUCAGCAUCAGGACAUUCACCCGUGUUCAGAGUGCUCACUCUAACUCUGGACCGCUGACUUAGUGCUGUUCGAACGCCGGGGAUUGUUCGCAUGUCCAUCUCAGUGACUGUGUGGUAAAUAUCCGAGAGCUUGGGAAAAUGUCUGGAGGCAAAAAAGCAGAAAUAAAUUCUGAGGAUGGAGAAAGCAUAGCCAGUAGGGUCAUUCGCAUCGGGACGAGGAAAAGCCAGCUGGCUCGCAUUCAGACGGACAGUGUGGCAGAGAAGCUGAAAGACUUGUACCCCGACGUGCACUUUGAAAUAGUUGCCAUGUCGACGAUAGGUGACAAAAUACUCGACACUGCUCUAUCAAAGAUAGGUGAAAAGAGUCUCUUCACAAAGGAGUUAGAAAACGCUUUGGAAAGAAAAGAGGUUGACCUGGUCGUCCACUCUUUGAAAGACUUGCCCACGAGUCUUCCUGUGGGUUUUACUAUAGGAGCCGUCCUCAAGCGAGAAAACCCCUUUGAUGCAGUCGUUUUGCACCCCAAAAAUGUUGGGAAACGUCUCGAUUCACUACCGAACAAGAGCAUUGUAGGCACGAGUUCCCUUCGCCGGGCUGCGCAGCUAAAGAAACGGUUUCCUCACCUGGAGUUUAAGGACAUUAGAGGUAACCUCAACACUCGCCUGAAGAAGCUGGACGAGAGCAGUGACUUCGCUGCUAUUAUUCUGGCUGCAGCUGGACUGAAGAGGAUGGACUGGGAAAGGAGAAUCAGCCAGAUCCUUGGUCCUGAUGAUUGCAUGUAUGCAGUUGGACAGGGAGCUCUGGCUGUGGAGGUGAGGUCUUGUGAUGAGGACAUCCUGGAGAUGGUGUCCGUGCUGCAUGAUUGGGACACGAUGCUGCGCUGUAUCGCUGAGAGAGCUUUCCUCAAACGCCUGGAAGGAGGAUGCAGUGUUCCAGUUGCUGUUCAUACAGAAAUGAAGGAUUCUCAGUUGUAUCUGACAGGAGCAGUGUACAGUUUAGACGGCUCAGACAGCCUGAAGGAGACCAUGCAGACCAGUGUCGAGUCUGAGGAUCAGGAGCAGGAGAAGGUGGAUGAGCGAGUGCAGCGUGUAGGAGUUACAGCGCUGAAGGUGUCAGGAGCGGCUCAGGACGCAGCUGAGAAGCUCGGCAGGGACCUCGCCAAUCUGCUGCUUAGCAAAGGAGCCAAAGAGAUCCUGACUGUGGCCAGACAGCUUAACGAUGCACAGUAGAUUUGUAGUUUUCGUUCCAUUAUCCAGCAGCCAAGUGGAAAUGCCAUUUCAAACACAUACAUUCUUUAUCGUACCUUUACACUGGCAUGCUGUUAUAGGAAAAUAAUCCGUGUUCUGAAACAGAGUCAACCUGAGGUUGAUUUAUUUUCCAAUAACAUCAUGUCCUAAGUGUUUUUUUUUUUUAAUUCCUUUUAUAUAACCGCUAUUCACCAACACUGAGAAUUUUAUACUUAUUAAAGGAUGGCACGUCAUACUUUUUGUCUGUUUUUAUAUUGUGGAACAUCACUUACAGUAUAUCAGUUCUACUCACCAUCCUCUCAAUGAUGGUAAUUAAACAAAAAAAUAUUUAUCAAGUUACCAAGAAACCACAAUAUCCUCCUUCCUUUCCUGCAUCGGAAAGCUUCAAUUUACAGCUCUGAGUGUUACAAAGAGCACUGACCCUGAGAAAAACAAUCAGUGCGUUUACAUGCACAUAGAGAAAAUCGAAUUUCUGCCGUGGCUCGACUGAAAUCGAAGUUCUAAAUGCCAUGGAAACACCUUAGCUCGGCUGAAAUCGAACCGAACUGGAUUUCUCGUAAUCGAGCUACGCGACCUAGAUUAUGCGAUUGUAGCCGAGCUACUUGGUGCAUGUAAACCCUAUCGAGCUACGUAGUCGAGCUACUUACUUCAGCACUGCCCCUUCCGGAAGUGACGAGACCACAAGCGGGAAACACAACAGCCUCGGUCGGCAUGACAACAGUAAUAGAAACGUGCACUUCUGGAGCAAUGAGGAGACAGAGUUCAUGCUCAUUCAGCUUAAGGAGUUGAAUAUAUAUAUAUAUGUGAUUCCACGCUUAUGGGUACUGAAA